AUGAGUUCCCGAGCCGUAAGCCUCUUCUCAAAAUGUGGAUCCAGAAUCUCCCAAACUCGAGGAAAAGCUCACUUCACGUUUCAACCAUCAACCACACUUCCAGCAGGACUUGAAAAUCUUGAAAAGACUAAAAUGAAUUUGAUGCAGUCUGUUAAUGAAGCGAUGAGAAUUGCAAUGGAAACAGAUGAUUCUGCUGUUCUUUUUGGUGAAGAUGUUGCUUUUGGUGGUGUCUUCAGAUGUAGUUUGGAUCUUCAAAAGAAGUUCGGAAAAGAUCGAGUCUUCAAUACUCCACUUUGUGAGCAGGGAAUUGCUGGAUUCGGAAUUGGAGUCGCAGCGGCUGGAGCAACUGCCAUUGCUGAGAUUCAGUUUGGUGAUUACAUCUUCCCAGCUUAUGAUCAGCUUGUCAACGAGGCAGCCAAGUUCAGAUACCGUUCGGGAAAUCAAUUUGACUGUGGAAAACUGACUGUAAGAACAACAUGGGGAGCCGUAGGACAUGGAGCUCUAUACCAUUCACAGAGUCCUGAAGCUAACUUCACCCAUACCCCAGGAUUAAAGCUUGUUGUUCCACGUGGGCCAGUUCAAGCCAAAGGACUUCUUCUGUCGUGCAUUCGUGAUCCGAAUCCAUGUAUUUUCUUCGAACCAAAGAUUCUUUAUCGAUUGGCUUCUGAAGAUGUUCCAACUGGAGAUUACACAAUUCCACUGGGACAAGCUGAAACUGUUCGUUCUGGAAAAGAUUUGACACUUGUUGCCUGGGGAACACAGGUUCAUGUUGCUCUUGAAGCAGCUCAAUUGGCCAAGGAGAAGCUCAAUGCAGAUGUUGAAGUUAUUGAUCUUCAGACGAUUCAACCUUGGGACGAGGAUCAUGUAGUAGAGAGUGUUCAAAAAACUGGUCGACUCAUUGUCACUCAUGAAGCUCCGAUUUCUUCUGGUUUUGGAGCUGAAAUUGCUUCUACUGUUCAGAAACGUUGCUUCCUGAACCUUGAAUCUCCAAUAGAUCGUGUUGCUGGAUUCGAUACACCAUUCCCACACGUUCACGAACCAUUCUACCUGCCAACUGUUCAUCGAGUUUUCGACGCAAUCAAGAAGAGUGUUAACUAUUAGAAUAUGUAUUUGAUAUAAGAAAUUAUACAAGGUAACAACGAAACCGUGUAGAAAAGUAGAAUAUUUUCUUGUUUUAGCCUAAUUUUCUGUUCAAACGGUGCCAUCUGCAUUUUAAAUCACCCAUAUUUUAUUCCGGUCCAAAUCGCUAAACCCAUCAUCAUAAAUGUGUUGGUUUUUGACAUUAUAUGUCGAACAUUCCCUCAAUUGCUCGUUUUAGAUAUUUUCAGUGUGCUAUAGUUCUUUUAUGUGUUUUAUGAAUAAAUGUAUGAAUUGAUUUUUCU